UGGGUUUCACUCAUGGUUUGAUGUUAAACUAAUUAGUCCUUGCACCUGUGGUCUCCUCACCUUAUAUAAUAUGAGGACUUCAUCUCUACUGAAUAGCUAAGUUCUUUAAAAGUCAGGUAUUGUAUCCUGGAAACCACUACCGUCUCCUGCGGUGCGUGGCACGAGGCCGCGUGCCUCUCUUCCGCCCUGGUUGCAAAUGGCGAAGCGCGAGCGAUGACGUCACGGAGAGUGCGCAAGGCGGGCCGCUUUCGAUCCGGAGGGGGCGUGGCGCAGGGAGGACCGUCCAUCGCCGCCGUGGAGCCAUGAGCGAGACGAGGCCGGCCGAGCGAUGCAGGGCGCUUCUCACUUGGCUGCAGACAUUCCACGUUCCAUCUCCAUGUACCAAGGAGCAGGAUUUGGCCAGUGGGGUUACCAUUGCCCAGGUGCUGCACAGGAUAGAUCCCUCUUGGUUCAACGAAACAUGGCUCCUGCGGAUUAAAGAUGACACUGGUGAUAACUGGAGACUGAAGGUGAGCAACCUGAAGAAGGUCCUGCAGAGCGUUGUUGAAUAUUCCCAGGAUGUCCUGGGCCACCAUGUCCCAGAGCAGCUGCUGCCUGAUGUGGCCCUGGUGGGAGAGCUGUCUGACACAGCUGAGCUGGGCAAGCUACUGCAGCUGGUGCUAGGUUGCGCUAUCAGCUGUGAGAAGAAACAAGACCACAUCCAGCAGAUCAUGACCCUAGAGGAGUCAGUGCAACAUGUUGUUAUGACAGCAAUACAGGAGCUGUUGACCAAAGAUUCAUCAGACACGCUGAGCUCGGAGACCUAUGGGAACUUUGAUAGCCAGUCCCGAAAGUACUACUUCCUCAGUGAUGACCUUGAGGAGACGGAUGACAUGCGCCAGCGCUGCCAUGAGUUGGAGCAGCAGAUCUCUAUCCUGGUGGAGGAGAAGAAUACCUUGGUGCUAGAGAACAAGUCCCUGAGGGAACAGAAAAGCUCUCUGGAGUUGGAUGCUGCUGGGCUCACUGGCAAGAAGUUGCUUCUGCUUCAGACCCAGAUAGAGCAGCUGCAAGAGGAGAACUUCCGACUGGAGAGUGGCAGAGAUGACUUCCGGGUGCGCUGUGAAGACCUAGAGAGGGAGGUGCAGGAGCUGCAGCACCGCAACGAGGAGCUGACCAGCCUGGCAGAGGAAGCACAAGCCCUCAAAGAUGAAAUGGACGUGCUACGUCACUCUUCAGACAGGGUGGGGCGGCUGGAGGCCAUGGUGGAUUCCUACAAAAAGAAGCUGGAAGACUUGGGUGACCUGCGGCGGCAGGUCCGGCUGCUUGAGGAGCGCAACACUGUCUACAUGCAGCGCACCUGUGAGCUGGAGGAGGAGCUGAGGCGGGCCAAUGCUGUGCGUGUGCAACUGGAGACACACAAAAGACAGGUGCAAGAGCUUCACAGCAAACAUGCAGAGGAGGCCUUGAAGGCAGAGAAAUGGCAGUUUGAGUUCAAGAACCUCAAGGAAAAGUUUGAGGCAUUGAUAAAAGAAAAAGAGAGGCUGAUUGAAGAGCGGGAUGUCCUCCGGGAGGCCAAUGAAGAGCUACGAUGUGCUCAGGUGCAGCAGAAAUUUCUAAACCAAGCAGAUAACAUGCUAGAAGAGAUUGCUUCCCCCGUGGAUAACUUGGCAGCUGAAAUCAUGCCAGCAGAACUCAAGGAGACCAUUGUGAGGCUGCAGCAUGAGAACAAGUUGCUAUGCGCACAGGAGUUGUCGUAUCGGCUGCAGUAUGCUGAGUCGCAGGCCCUUCUGGAAGAGUCUAAUCGCACUAAGAAUCAGCUGGAGGCACAGCAGAGACUAAGCCAGCAACAGAUCUCCGACCUCAAGACACAAGUGGAGGAGCUGCAGCGGGCGCUCCAGGAGCAAGGAAGCAAGGCAGAGGAUUCCUCUCUGCUGCAGAAGAAGCUGGAAGAGCACCUAGAGAAAUUGCAUGAAGCCCAUGCGGAUCUUCAGAAGAAGAAGGAAUGCCUCGAUGAAUUGGAGCCCAAAGUGGACAGCACCACUGCCAAGAAGAUUGAUGAACUGCAGCAGUCAUUGAAGAAGAAGGAUGAGGACAUGAGAGCCAUGGAGGAGAGAUACAAGCGCUAUAUGGACAAGGCUUGCACUGUCAUCAAGAAGCUGGAUCCCAAGCAGCAGCCUCAUGUAGUUCCCCUGGAGAUCCAGGCUUUGAAAAACCAGCUGCAGGAAAAAGAUAAGAAGAUAAACCACUUGGAGUCUGAUUAUGAGAAGUCCAAAUCUCAACAGGAGCAAGAAGAAAAGCUCAUCAUCUCUGCCUGGUAUAACAUGGGCCUGGCCUUGCAUCAACAAGCUACAGAGGAGCGCUCAUCCAGCUCAUCAACAGUCCAGUCCUUCUUAGCUCAGCAAAGACUGGCCACUAAUGCUCGGCGGGGUCACAUGAGCCGAGUUCAGCCCUUCUUACUUCGAUAUGUGGGUGCAGACAAGUCUUCUCAGUUGUCCUGAUCUAGUGAAGCUGUCCUGUGGGUUUUCCUAGGAAAUGCUUUACUUGGGUGCAGUGUUCAAAUGAGGUGUAAACUGAGCUCCUAGUCCCCAUGCAAUGGUACCUCCAUGGAAACUCAGUUUCCAUUUCUUUUGUUAGAGUGAGUUCUCUGCUACUUGACGACUCCUCUUAUAACAAGCUGUGGUGCUCUUAUUUCUGGAGGGAGGAGAGUCUCGGGCAGCUAGGAGUUGGACUUGCUCUAGCAGAUGCAAAACUACCUAACUCUUCUCCCACCAUAACUGGGGGACUGUUGGAAGGCAGUGCCUUGGGAGACAGAUGGGGGAGGAACCCUUCACCUCCACUCCUUGCCCAUCCCCUUUAAAUUCUGGCUUGUGCAGAUCAUCUUCUGCAUUGCUCUGUUCCCACCUGAGCCCAGCACAUAAAAUGCUCCUCCUUGAACAAUCGCAUUUUCAUAUUGUCCAGAGAGGGAGUCCUGUAGCUGCUGCAAUUCAAAACUCCUCUCUAGAGCAGUGAGGAUGCCAGCCUCUCACAGUAUAGUGAAUGUGUAAGGAUCUGGUGGCUGCUCUGAUCUUAGAGCUGUGGUUGGAGUGUGACCCCUUCAAAGCUGGUGCCAGUGCUACGCCCCGCCCUCCUUGUAUAACCGCUGCAGCACCUGAGGCACAUCGGACACAACUUCCACCUCGUGGCUUAUGACUCCCUUCUAAGAAGGGACUGGGUGGCGGGGGAGAGAAACACUUGAAACUAUAUAAACACUAAACUGAUUUUAGACACUGGAAAUGAAGAGACCUGUAGUCCUGCCCAUCUGUAGUCUGUGUGCGCACCUUUUACUGUGUACUGUUUUCACAGCAAUAUUUAGUGGCUGGUGUUUUUCAAGUGUUGCUCUGUGUUUUUUCCGUUACUAUGCCUUUCCCUUUUGGAUCAUAUUCUCAUUCUGGGAAGAACUGCAAGUUGCAGUAUCCUUUUAAAAAAAUCUGUUGGUUACUAAAAAAAAACAACCAAACUUUUAAAUAUAGUUUUAAUGCUGUAAAUUAUACUUUCUGUAAAGCUAUCUUGUUUAUCUGGGCAGGAAUCACUGCCUCUUAUUUUUCUAUUAAACAGAAGUCUGACGUACAGAGGGGGACGGGGAGAUGUCUAUAGAAUCUUCACACUACAAAUAAAAAGAUACCAAAAUCCUUC